AUGACGUCAAGACGAAUACCGUUAUAUUUGACAAUUACUGAUAAAUACAAUAUUCUUAUGAUGAGAGAUAGAGGUGAAAUUCGACAAACCAUAAUGGAAAAGUACGGUGUUGCACUCUCUACAUUGAACACUAUAUAUGUAAAAAGCGAAGAGAUUACAAAACAAUACGGGCUCAUCAUGGGUCUCACACGGCGACGUUUACAGGAUGUAGAUAAAGUUGUUUACCAAUGGUACUUACGAUGUAAGGAAAGAAAGGUACAAAUGACAGGAGCAGACAUACAGAGAGAAGCUCUAGAAAUUAAUGAAAAAUUAAACGGACACCCUCGUUUUAAAGCCAGUAUUACUUGGUUGCGAGGCUUUAAGGAACGUUACAAUAUUACUACUGCGGAUAUAAGGCAAAAUAUUCAAGCCGCAAAUGAAAUCACUGCAGCGGAAGCCUUUAAAGCUGAUUUCAACAGAUUCCUGCAAGAAGGUGGGUUCACAUUGAGGAACGUUUACAAUGCCGUUUACACAACGGUAAUGUGGAAAGCAGUAUCAGAAAAUUCUUGUAUUUUUAAUCGUGCAAAGUCGACAGGAAACCUGGAAAUGUGCGAAGAUUACGUUACUGCACUUUUUUGUGCAAAUGCUACCGGAUGUCACACGGUUGCCUGA